AUACAAUUUAAGGGUGGGUGGGUGUAGUUUAUGCUUUAUAUGCAUCAAGAGCUGUAUGGAGCAAAAACUAAAGCUAGAGUAGAAAAGAAAAGAAAAGAAAGAGGAGAAACAAGUAAGCAGAAAUGUCAUCGAUUUUUCUCUCUUCAACUGCAAUUGCAACUGCAACUGCAACUGCAACUGAACGAACCAAUUUCUCUCUCUUCAACUCUCUACGUUCUCCUUCUCUCUCUUUCUCUCGCUCAUCAUCGUCAUCGCUCUCCUACACCUUCAAUCCUCUAAGCAUCCCGAAGUCGAAGACCAACAUCAGAACCACAGGGAGGAUUCGUGUGCGUUGCUAUGCAGCUUCUCUCUCUGCGCAUAAUCUGCAGUGGAUCUCUGCUGUUUCUUCUCUGGUUUUAAUACUGGCAAAGGGCACCGCGGUUCCGAAAUCAUUUAUUGUUCCGUUAUUUGCUUUGCAAGCACCUUUAGGUGUCGUUACCUGGAUAAAAGGUAGAUAUGGUAUGUGGUCAGCAUUCUUGGCACUUCUCGUUCGUCUCUUCUUCUAUAUUCCUGGUGAACUUGAGUUGCCAUUUCUAGCAUUACUUUUGGUGAUAGUAGCUCCGUACGAGGCUAUGAGAUUAAGGAACACAAAAGAAGGUGCUGUAAUUUCAUUAUUGAUUGCGGUGUAUUUGGCUUUCCAGCAUUUCUCAAGAACAAGCUUGCAGAAAUCAUUUGACCAAGGUUCAAUUGUUGCCACCUUAGCUGUCAUUUGUAUCACUGUUGCAUCUUUGUUGCUUCUGAUCUGAGUUGGCUUUGAAAUGAUGUACACUAAUAAUAUGUUGUAAAUAAGAAUAAUACCUGUCCGAACCAUCUUGAAAUAUAUAAUAAAUGAAUAUUACAUUUGAACUGCGGCAAGUUAAGCAUUCACAUGUAUUGAAUGAGCAGUUGUGUUCAUUUAAGUGUAAACAUGUUGAACUUGUUAGGUAUUAUGUAAAAGCUAGCAUCUGCUAUAUUUUUGGUGCUUUUAUGUUG